CAUUUACAGCGACCUGACGGUGAUAAAACAAGAGAGCAAGAGUUGCGACAACGAUACGAUUUACCCCGUGUUUCUGGUUUGAUGCGACCAUUCCCAGAUCAAUCAUCGAAUUCGUUCAUGGCCGGACUCACGCUUAACGAUGUCAACUCGGAAUCCACUCGACAACAGAUCAUCAGCAACUAUCGUAUACCUGGGUCAGGUGAACCAGGCUCAGACCAGAAUAUGGCCGGAACACUCAAUCAACACAUUCCAACCGACAAUAUGUUCACGACAAGUCGUGAAGAAGACAAAAAAUACGAAGUAUUUCCAGAAGCAUCAAUGAAGAGUGGUCCUAUCUAUAAAACGGCUGAAGAAUAUGAAGUGUAA